AAAAUUUACAAUCCAGAUUGAAACCUUAAGUAAGUAUAUUUAGCUAUGGCUUGUGUGUCAACUCCGAUGGAUGACAGGCAAUAAAUAUCUCCAAUGUAGGACAGGAGUAUUACGGGAGAUACACUUAGUUAUUGAAAAAAACGGACCUCAGCUGAGUGCCAUUUAAUUCAGAUUGAAGAUUUUCAGGAUUUGAUUGGAUGGAUGUUUAAUGCUUGAGAUGUUUCACAUAUGUAAAAGACGUUAAUUCUCGACGCCUAUCAACACGUUUGGCGGUCUGAAUAUCGUGUGAGGAAAAGAAAAAGAAGCUGAGAAGAGAAUGGGUUGUACGUCAGAUAAAAUGGCGCUGGUGACGAUAUCGAAGGACGAGAAGCAACUGGUGAAAGAUUCAUGGAAUUUAUUUGUAUCCCGAGGAGAUUUCGCUGAUACCGGGUCGUAUAUGUACAAAGUACUCUUGCAAGAUAAUCCACAUUUGAAGACGUUAUUUUCUUUUAUGAACAUAAACGGAGCCCCUUUCGAUAGUCCAAUGUUUAAAAGUCACGUGAGGAAUGUCUUCGUCGUUAUCGGCGAUGCUGUGGACCACAUUGAUGACUUGGGUAGCUUAAGCCCGAUCCUGAAGGAACUGGGGGCAAAACAUCGUGGAUAUGGUGCCAAAAAGCAACAUUUAGAGCCCGUUGGAAACGCUUUAUUGUGCACACUUGAAAAUCAGUUAGACGAAAACUUUACCAAGGAGGUUCACAAAGCUUGGAGAACUUUUUUCGCGAUGUUGAGUUACAGUUUUGCUCAAGGACUAGACGACACCAACGGAAAUGAUGGCUGACAUUUUCAAUAAUUUUCACAUAUGAUUUCAUUUCACGAAAAUAGUAUGCAGAUACAAAGUAUCGGAAAAGUUUAGAUCAAAUUAAUAUGCAUUCAAUGUUUCAUUAAUAUCUGAAAAACUGGAAAUGACUAAAGAUAUCUGCUUAUCAUAUGUGUAGAAAAAUGAAAUUUUACAGCAUAUAUGUGAACAAGCCUCUCCCCCCGAGCGUCAGGCAUCAGAAAACUACUUGAACUAGCAACGACCGUGUUUCUCGUCGCACAAUGGUGCAACAAGGGAUUCAAUAUACACAGAGUUAUAAAACAGACUGCAUAAUCUGAACUGAUUGUACAUGUAUUUAAUAUAGUUUCAUUGUUAAUAAAUAUUAUCACAGGGACAGUUAUAA